GCGCCAUAAAACUUUCGAUGUGUAACGCUUCGGUGAUACAAAGAAGAGGCAGAAACGACAAUAACAUUUCCCGUUACUCAGUAGCUCCAAACAUAUAUAUAUAUUUUUGUUCCAUCUAUCAUGCCCGUUUUCUGUUAAAUUGAGAUAACUGCUGCCUCAUCCUGGCUUCGAGGAUGCCGACGUGUGUGAGCGACGUUUCCCAUGUACCCCUUCUAAUGUAACAACAAAGACGACCAAAAUCUGGAACGACUUUCAGGAGGACUGUUGUAAUGUAGCAACGUGGCACAAGGUUCUACUAUGUGGCCCGACGAAGAACAAUGCCAAAAAAAAUGGCUGCAGUUUUCUUUCAUCCUACAGAGACAGCAGCUGUGAAAUUGGCAAAAGAUAAUAUAAACCAGAAGUGGCUGUUUUAAAGCUUUUUGUGCCCUUGCACUGAUGAUCAUGCCAUCGGACACGGAGGCACCUGCACCUCAACUUGAUAACCCCCCACCACCUGAGGUCACAAAUGUCCACAACUUAGGCCGAAGGACCAACCAGCUUCAGUUCAUGAGGAGUAUUGUGGUCAAGGCUCUGUGGAGGCACCAUUUCGCUUGGCCUUUUUACCAUCCUGUCGAUGCCGUGGCUCUUAAAUUACCAGAUUACCAUACCAUAAUAAGCAACCCUAUGGAUUUGGGAACCAUCAAACAACGACUGGAGAACAACUACUAUUGGAGUGCCACCGAGUGUUUGCAGGACUUCAACACCAUGUUCACCAACUGCUACAUUUACAACAAGCCCACAGAUGAUAUUGUGCUGAUGGCUCUGGCCUUGGAAAAGAUUUAUUUGCAAAAAGUUGCACAUAUGCCUCAGAAAGAAGUGGAGCUGUUGCCUCAUCCAGCCCAAGGGAAAAGCAAAAAGAAAAGUUCAGGUGGGCAGCAGGCGACCGCGUCUCUUUUAGAUGCGCCCCGGCAGCAAAAGCACACCGGCUCCAAUUUGCCGUCACAUCUCCCAGUGGCAUCACAGGCCAACGUUAAACAAGGCCCGAAGAAUAGGAGCAAUUCAGCCAUUGACUCAACCGGCCUGAAUGCGUCGCCGGAAAGCAAAAAAAGACAGGAAAUCCCCGAGCAUUCCACCCUCCCUUCUGCUAUUGAAAAAGAGUCAGCGCUUCGAGAGGGUGAGACCAUCCAGCUGAGCAAACAACUCCAGUACUGUGAAGAAAUCCUGAAGGAAAUGUGCUCCAAGAAGCAUGUCGCGUACGCCUGGCCUUUCUACAAACCGGUGGAUGCCGAAGCUUUGCAGCUGCGCGACUACCAUGACAUCAUCAAAUACCCAAUGGAUCUUAGCACUGUCACGGCAAAACUGAGCAGGAGAGAGUACCAGGAUGCUCAAAGAUUCGCUGCGGACGUCAGGUUAAUUUUCUCCAACUGCUACAAGUACAACCCUCCAUACCUUGAAGUUGUCGCCCAGGCCAAAAAGCUUCAGGGUGUGUUUGAGAAGAGAUUUUCGAUGAUUCGUGACGAGCCCAUCACGAGCGCUUCACAGGUGACCUACAGGCCGGGGACGAAUGGGCUCAGUACCACAAUCGCCUCUGCUUCGGAUAAAGCUAAUGAACAAGUCACACAAUUUGGAGAGUUGGACCAACAGGUUAAAGAUGUUCACAAACAGCUUCAUGUGCUCUCGGACGUCCCACCAAGGAAGAAGACUGACAGGAAACCAAGUAAAGGCAGUGCUGUUCAUAGCUUCAGGAGGUCAAAAAAUGGAAGUGACUUCUGCGAUGAAGACUCUCUGCAAAUGACGUACGACGAGAAGCACCAACUGAGCCUCGACAUAAACCGAUUAUCCGGCGGAAAGCUGGGCCAGGUGGUGCACAUCAUUCAAACACGAGAGCCUUCUGUUUGUGAUGCCAACCCAGAUGAGGUCGAGAUUGACUUUGAGAUACUAAAGCCUUCAACUCUGCGUAAACUACAGCAAUAUGUCCGUAGUUGUCUAAAUAAGAAGUUCAAGAGAUUUCAAAAGAAGAGGUGUCAAUUUGGGUCUCUUCAAAUGGAAAGCAGCAGCUCCUCAGAUUCCGAUGUCAACAGUCUUCUGGACUACGGUUCAGAAAAUGCCAACCUGUGAAAGUGAUACUUUAUUUUGUUUUUGUCCUUUUAACGUCUCAUGAUUAUAUACCAUACAGUAUAUUUUAUUAUUUUUACAUUUUAGUAAGGACACACACUCACUUGUUGUAUAGUGUAGAUUUACUUUUAUCAGUUCUUGAUUUUUUUUCAUUCCAAUGUGCAUCAGACAGCUU